CCACACCAUAUUAUAGUACAACAGAGAAAUACCGCGUUUCAUACAGGAUUCCAUAUCUAUACACCUCUCAUCUCUCAUCUCAUUAACAUCGAUUCAGCGACCCUUCAAAGUAAAACAGUAUGUAAGUAAAACAGAAUGUAAGGCUUCAGCCGCAGAACAGAAUGUAAGUAAAACAGUAAAAAGUAAAAAAGAUUCAGCGACUCUUCAAAGUUCUGAGUUUUCAACCUCCGUCCUCCCUCAGCUUCAUCUAAAAACCAGAGAGAACGAACAGUCACGAGAAAUAGGCAAAAGCAUUGCAGAAGGGAAAGAGGAAGAACAACCAGGUAUGAAGAAGCUCUGCAGGAAAGGCAAGGUGCACCCGUCACCCACUGUCGUCUCGGACCCGCUCGCUUUCCUUCCUGCGACGAUUCUGACACUCACCCUGGCGCUGUCACCGGAAGAUAGGGAAGUCUUGGCUUAUCUUAUCUCUUGCUCCGGCAGUUCGGGAAACUUUUCCGGCGGUCGAACCAGAAACAAUCACAAGAGUCUUUCCGGAGACCACCCAAGUUCGUUUCACUGCAACUGCUUCAGGUGCUAUACAAGCUACUGGGUUCGCUGGGACUCUUCACCUAAUCGUCAACUGAUUCACGAGAUAAUUGAUGCUUUUGAAGAUGAUUUGAUGCAGAAGAGGAACACGAAGAGCAAAAAAGAGAAAAAGAAGAGAGUGUGCAAUGAGGGGUCGGAUGAUGGGAAGCGCCCCGAAGAGAUUUCGGGAAGAGAGGAAGUGGAUAAUCUGGAAACGUUGGAGGUCUGUAGUGGUGAGAUAGGCGAAAGUGAAGAAGUGGAGGAUUUGGAGAAGAGUUCGGUAAGGAGAUUUGUGAGUUUUAUUGGGGAGAGGAUAUGGGGGGUUUGGGGUUAAUAAAAUGGCGGAAACCAGAAAAGAUUGGUGUUCAGAUGUUGAGUUUUAUUCUGCAUUUUGGAACUUUGUUUUUGUGUAAAUUUCCCUUUUUUUGGAAUGAAGAGAAGAAAUGAGCUUUUUUUUCAUCA